CCCGCCAGCCGAGCCGUCCAGCCGUGCUCGGUGCCUGCGAAGUGCCGCGGCCACCACCCCCGCGGGGACGGACGGACGGACGCACGCACGCAGCUGAGCCCCGCCGCCGGGGCGUGCCAGCGCCGCGCACCCCGCUCCUGCCAGGGCUCCGCCGCGCCGCAGCGCCAACAUGCCCGCCGUCGACAAGCUCCUUCUGGAAGAGGCUCUGCAGGACAGCCCGCAGGACUGAAAACUUUGCUUUUUUUCUUUUAUUGAAGACUCGUUCUUUGCUCAGUGUCUUUGAAGAAGAUGCAGGAACCCUUACAGAAUACACAAACCAGUUGCUUCAGGCAAUGCAACGAGUCUAUGGUGCCCAGAAUGAAAUGUGUCUUGCCACACAACAGCUUUCGAAGCAGCUCCUUGCCUAUGAAAAGCAGCAUUUUGCCUUAGGUAAAGGAGAUGAAGAAGUGAUAUCCACCCUCCAUUAUUUCUCAAAAGUUGUGGAUGAGCUCAAUAUUCUUCAUUCUGAACUGGCAAAACAGCUUGCAGAUACAAUGAUUCUCCCAAUAAUACAAUUUCGAGAAAAAGAUCUCACAGAAGUAAGCACACUGAAGGAUCUCUUUGGCCUUGCUAGCAAUGAACAUGACGUGUCCAUGGCAAAAUAUAGCAGGUUACCGAAAAGGAAAGAAAAUGAGAAGCUUAAGGCAGAAGUGGCAAAAGAAGUGGCAAAUGCCAGAAGAAAGCAGCACCUUUCAUCCUUGCAAUAUUACUGUGCCCUGAAUGCUCUGCAGUACAGGAAGAGAGUGGCUAUGAUGGAACCUAUGCUAGGAUAUACACGGGGACAGAUCAACUUCUUUAAGAAAGGAGCAGAGAUGUUUUCCAAAAGGAUGGACAGCUUUUUGUCAUCUGUUUCAGACAUGGUUCAGAGUAUACAAGGAGAGCUGGAUGCCGAAGCUGAAAAAAUGAGAAUAUCCCAGCAGGACUUAAUUGCGGUUAAUGAAUCUGUUUACACCCCAGAUUCUGAUGUAACUUCACCUGCCAUCAAUAGAAAUCUCAUCCAGAAGGCUGGCUACCUUAAUCUUAGAAAUAAAACAGGUCUGGUGACUACAACUUGGGAAAGACUCUAUUUCUUCACUCAAGGUGGCAACUUGAUGUGUCAGCCAAGGGGAGCAGUAGCUGGAGGAUUGAUUCAGGACCUGGAUAACUGCUCUGUUAUGGCUGUGGACUGUGAAGACAGAAGAUACUGCUUUCAGAUCACUACUCCUACAGGCAAAGCGGGUAUAACCCUUCAAGCAGAAAGCAAGAAAGAAUACGAGGAGUGGAUAUGUGCCAUCAACAACAUCUCCAGACAGAUCUAUCUUACUGACAAUCCAGAGGCAGCUGCAAUCAAAUUAAAUCAGACAGCCCUGCAAGCAGUGACUCCCAUUACUAGCUUGGGAAAAAAACAUGAAGUUCAGCACCCCAGCCAGACUGUAAAGAAUAUGGAAAAUGACAAAAUAAUUCCCAGUGGAUCAGCUGGCAUUCAAGACUCCACACAACUCAUUGCUCCUGGAACACCAAUUCAAUUUGAUAUUGUACUGCCUGCUAUGGAAUUUCUGGACCAGAACAGAGGUGGCAGACGUGCAAACCCAUUUGGGGAAUCUGAAGACAGCAACAAAGAUGAGGAGGAAGAUUCCCUGCUGCAGCAGAUGUUCGUGGUUCGCUUUUUAGGGUCCAUGGCUGUCCAGUCCGAUGAGACGUGCGAAGUGAUUUACGAAGCCAUGAGACAAGUGCUGGCUGCUCGGGCCAUUCACAACAUCUUCCGCAUGACUGAAUCCCACCUCAUGGUCACCAGCAAGAACCUGAGGUUAAUAGAUCCUCAAACCCAAGUUACACGAGCAAGCUUUGAACUCACCACUGUGACACAGUUUGCUGCCCAUCAGGAGAACAGGAGACUGAUUGGCUUUGUAAUCCACCUCAGUGAGACUCUGGGAGAAGAAUCCAUGAGCGCAUAUGUUUUUGAGAGCAACACAGAAGGGGAAAAGAUUUGCUAUGCCAUUAGCUUGGGAAAAGAAAUUAUUGAGGCACAGAAGGAUCCAGAAGCAUUAGCUCAGCUAAUGAAGUCAGUGCCAUUAACAAAUGAUGGGAAGUUCAUGCUUCUGAAUGACUUGUCAGAAGAGGAUGGAACCAUGCAUGAAGGAGGGGAGGAAUCAGAAGUAUAAGCAGCUCCUGUCACUUCCUGCAGCCUGUGUGGGAGCAGAAAAGCAGGGAGUCUUUUUGCAAGAAUCUCUGGUUUUCAGUCACCUGCGGCCAGCUGCCCUUUCCUGCUGGAGAGCAGUGGUGUCUCUGCAGCAGAGUCCCUCUGGAUUUACAGUGAAAGCACAGCAGGACUCGAGGCAUUUAGCAUUUGUGAAUGUGUAGGGUGGAACUGUGUCUGGGGAGCUGACAGCCCUGAGCAGGAGGCCAGUGCUGCUGGUGGGCAGGAUAGCACAGCUGUCAGCCACUGAGGGUUAAUAGUAUUUCUUACCUUUACAGAGCCUGCAGCCUCUCAUUCCACUGAAAUUCGGGUGAGCUGCCAGCUCCUCUUACAAAUAUCAGGCCUCAAAUUUCCCAUCAUAGUCAGUUUUCAUAGUUUGCAUGAUUAUGUGCAUCUGGAUGAAGGUUAAAAAUGCACUAUCUACUUUAUUUCAGAUGAAGUUAUUUUUAGUCUAGUUUAUGUGUAACAGGAUUUACCUUUUGUGUUAGCCUAUUUACAAAACAAUUUGUUAAACACUAAAUUUUUCCUAUUAAUAUAAUCUAUUUUUAUAUUGCAUCUAGAAUAAGCUUACAAAAAAAUUUAAGUGCCUACUCUUACCUUCCAGGGGACUGCACUCUCACAUUCUGUAAUUAAAUAAUGGAAAAACUGUACCUUCUUGAUUUAUUAUUCUAAAUACCACUGACAUGCGAACCUCAGAAGUAGGCAACAAAUGUGGCAUGUUAGCUGUGUGCAGUUUUUCUACGGUUAGGUUUCUUGCCAGAGAUGGUAACAGUAGGACAAAUAAGUACUUUUAUAGUAAGAAUUCUUUGUAUAUUUAACAUUGUGGUGACAUGCAACAGCUGAGUCUAUCAGCAACCCUUGGUUUUAAGAAACUGAGCAAUAAAAUGUUAGAUUACAAGCCUACAAUGUAUUGACAAGUCUCAUAGUACAUUCCUGAUACUGGACACUAGAGAGAUUUGGCUCAUAAGUUUUACAAUUUUUUUCCAUCUGUUGCUGAAAACAUCAGCAACAUCACUUUGCAAGAAUAAACAAAAUAGACAAACUAAAGAGCUGUUAGUGGGGGGAGGGGUGUAAUCUGUAGUGUAGUUUAUAUUAAUCAAGAUGAGGUACCUAGAAAAAAAAUCCUCAAACUUAAUUUAACUCUUCUCAGUCAUCAAGGAACUAGAUUUUCCAUAAGCAGAAUCUAUGCAACAGUAUCUGAAAGAUCCCAGAUUGGAAGUGUUUGAUGUGGAAUAAAUCUAACUUAACUGGUUAUUUAAUGUUUAAAAGUACCAUGGAAGAAAACCGUUAGUAACUGACACAGACAUCUUUGUAAAUAAAAGCUGAAGCUGUCUUAU